GCCAGUCUCCUUGAGCCCCGUGCUGCUUUGCGGCCUAGGCGGGUGACCGGCUGGCUGGCUGACCGACCUCGGGCCAUGGGAGGCAGCGGCAGCGCCCCGCGGAGGGUCACCUUUGAGACGGAUGAGAACGACAACGUGACGGUGGUGAAGGGCGUGCGGCUGUCUGAAAAUGUUGUAGAGCGCAUGAAGGAGCCCUCUCCACCUGGUGGAAAGCCUCAACAGAAAUCAGAAUCCGGUGGUCAUGGAGGCAUUCCAGUGAAUGAAGAAGACCUAAAGAGAAGAAUAGCUGAAGAACUGGCAUUGGAACAUGCCAGGAGAGAUGCUGAAAGUCAUAAACGAUUAAAACAAGAUCAAAGGCACGUACGGGAUGAAAUCAGUAAAGUCCUUGAGCGAGAACGGGCUGCCUCAAAUGAGCAUUUGGCCAGAGCCCUUUUCAGAGAGAGAGCCACAAAUGAAGAGGAGCGCCUGAAAGCACAAGCUUUGGCGAAGCAGCUGGAAGAGAAAGACAGAGAGCUGAAGAAGCAUGACACUUACUACAAAGAGCAGCUGGCUCGACUGGAAGAGAGGAGUGCACAAUUCUACAAAGUCACCACGGAGCAAUUCCAAAAAGCCGUCAGCGAGGUAGACGCCAGAUUCAAGCGAUACGAGUCUCACCCAGUGUGUGCCAACCUGCAGAGUAAAAUUCUCCAGUGCUACCAGCAGAACUCUCAGCAGACUCUCAGCUGCUCGGCCCUGGCCCACGAGUACUUGCAGUGUGUCAACCAUGCCAAGCAGAGCAUGGCUGGCAGAGGAGGGUAAAGGCCCCUCCCCGCAUCGAGUGCCAAUCCAUCAACUCCAAUUCCAGCAGCAGAAUGGGGUGUUUUAUUCAAGAGCUAUUCAACAGCCCAUUUACAGGGCAGGCGGAGAAGGAAAGAGAGAGCAAAUCCAGAAGGGCCAAAUCAAGACCAGCGGACGACACGGCUCAAUCAACGUGCCCAAGACCUGUACCUCAUUACGCUCAAAAUCACACAUCCGAGGGCAGCUCAUAAAACCCACUUACUGGUGAUUGAAGAAAGGCAAGGCAGAAAACUUCCACUGACCUUAGAGGAAGGAAAUAUCUCUUCCAGAUACUCCUGUUUUUUUUCCACCGCAGAACCUUCUCCUACUGCCGCCCCCUUAGCUGGGUCUACAUCGGCUCCCUGCUGCGUUCUUCUAAAUGUUCUGUUUUCCUUUGCAUAAUCAUGAGGAUGUUGGUUUAAUUUAUUGCCAAAAUUAUGUAACCAAAAGGGUCAUCCGUCUCCCCCUCUGCUGGAAUCAUGUUCCUAAAGCCUCCGUUACAUGGGAGUUCAUUGAUUGCUAAUUAUAAUUCUAAUAAGGCGUUUGAUUACUUUAUAACAGUAACCUGCCAUUGUACUGCACUGUCACCGAAUACUGACAAUUACGUCUUCUCAGUAUCAGUAAUAAAAUUCGUUUUGUGAACUGGA